AAUAUAAGAAAUAUAAUAUAUCAUUUUUGCAAAAAAUAAAAAAGAUUGUAGUAUUCGUAUAAUAAACUAAACUAAACUAAAAUAAUUUUAUGUGUUAAUGCAAUACUUAACAAACAACAAUAACAUAAUUGAAGAUUUAGAUGGUAUCCUUAAAAAUUGUUAAACUGUGUUCACAUAAUAAGAAGCACUAAACUUGGAAGAAGCGUCCUAAGGAGUUUACCAUUGUACAAAAUAACAACAGCAAUAAUAAAUAUAUGGUAAUGAUUUAAAGUUAAAAGAAUGAAUUACCUUAAAUUGGAGAGCAUAUUCUAAAUAAGAAAAUAAUUUGA